AUGCCUUCGCCACGCCCGACCAUUGGCCGCGAUCUCGGCAUCAGCCUUUAUGAUUCAGAGCUUCACGACCACGAUACGCAGCCUAUCUCGCCUACGCCGGUGCGCCUGAGACGCAGUGUCCGAGUCGACGAUGCUGCUGUCGAGCCGUCGUCGACGUACAGACGCAGAGAACCGCUGCGUCGAGACAGUCUGAAGCGUCGCGAGUCGCUGCUCAAGGGCAAGGAAGGCAGCCGUCGCAGACAGCGCUGGGAGAACGAUCGACUGCUGAGCAACCCCUGGGCCCAACCUCCAUCUGCGAACGACUGGCAGGUCCAACCUACGCAUCCUCGCCAUAAUCCAGUUCCCUACUACCUUGCCUCGCUCUGGGACUCGCACCAGGCCGCGAAGGAACAGGCCCGGCGCAGGUCGAAGCGGAAGCAAGGAACAUCCGGUAAGACGGCCGACGAAGGUGCUGAGAAUGGACAUGCGAACGCGGAGCUGGACAAGAUAUCCAAGGAGCUACGGGCGAAGCUGAAGCAUGCUCGGGCGGCGCGAGGUCUGGUGCAGGAGUUGGAAGAGGAGAUCCGGCUGUUCGUCCAGCAGUGGAUUGAGACGCAGACCUGGCAUCAGGCUCGUGGAGAGAGCAUCGAUAGUGAUGAGGACGAAGACGAAGUCGUCUUCACUGGCCGCAAGCAGCAACGAUGGCUCGUCCACUCUCUGGCAUCCUACUACGGCCUACGCACCUGGUCUGUGACGGUGGGCAACCCGCCUCGCCGUGAAGCGUACGUGGGCAUCGACGACUCGCAGCAUACGAUAGCCGCUGGCCGGCCUACAGACAAGCCCGGAGUCCUCCCUCGUCCUCUCUGGGUGUCGAUGUAG